AUGCCCCCUAAGAAGAGACCUGCUGGAGAGGAGGCGCAUGGCGAGGAGGCCAGGAAGCGUCCCGCCACCACCACAGGAGGAGCAGCGGCUAGCAAGUCUGUCAGUAUUUCGACCCCAGGAGCCCCCACUGCUGCCAAGCCAGGAGCCACCAGACCCAGCCCCGCAGGAAUGAGACCAGGCGCUGUUCGAGGCACGCCCAGGCCAGGAAUUCGCAAAGUCGGCGCAUCAGCAUUGGCCAACCGUGGAGGGGCGAGGUUGCCUGGAACGGCUACUGUCAAGAAGGAGGCGCCACCACCCGUUGUUUCCAAGAACACCUUGAUGUGGUUCAGGAACGACCUUCGUGUGCAGGAUAACCGUGCCUUGAACGAGGCGUCCUUGCGGGCCCAGAUUGAUCAGGAGAAGAAGAAGUACCUGUUUGGACUUUAUAUUAUCUCUGAGAAGGAGUGGGCCAGCCAUGAUGAGGCGCCGGUCAAGAUUGACUUUUGGAUGAAGAACUUGGAGACGCUCAGGGAGUCGUUGCGGAAGCUGAACAUCCCAUUGAUUGUCAAGAAGGCAGGAACCAAGGCAGAGGUUGUGGGUUUGGUCGAGUCGACUGUCAAGGAUCACGGAGUCAGUCAUGUGUUCUGGAACGCGGAAUAUCUGGUUGAUGAGAAGGCUCGGGAUGCCAAGGUCAAGGAGGCAUUGGUCAAGUUACCUGGAACCUAUGUCGAAGAGUUUGACGACCAGUUUGUCGUGCCUCCCGCCGAUAUUAAGACCAAGAUCGGCGAGUACUUUACCUCUUUUACAGACUUCAGCACUACUUGGCACAACCUUGUGGAGACUAACCCCAAGUUCCUCAAGUUUUCAGAGUCUCCCAGCGCCAACCCCGAAACUGCUCAACAGUUGUAUGCCGGACUUUUCAGCGCCACAAUCCCUACAUUGCCCCAACACACAUUGGACGAUGAGGAUGUCGAGAAGCUUUACCCGGCUGGCGAGGAUAUUGCCCACAAGCGUCUUAAUGCCUUUGUCCAGGAAAAGGUCAAGCGCUACGAUAUCACUAGGGAUUGCCUUCAGGAGCAGGACCAUCAGUCCUUGAGCCCUUACAUUGUCAGCGGUGUUCUUUCGUCGCGUCAAUGCGUCGCCGCUGCACGCGCCGUCAACAACAACAAGAUCAUAGUCGGAAGCAAUGGUGUCAAAGCCUGGGUCAAGGAGCUUGCCUGGAGGGAUUUCUACCGGUACAUUGCGCUCGCGUUCCCUCACGUCUGCAAGAACCAUGCGUACCUUGCCUUCACUGAACACCUCCGCUACAGCAACGACGAUCGCAAGUUCCAGAUGUGGUGCCAGGGCAAGACUGGAUACCCCAUCGUCGACGCUGGUAUGCGUCAGCUGAACGCGACUGGUUAUAUGCACAGCCGCGUUCGUAACAUUGCAGCCUGCUUCUUGGUCAAGGAUCUUUUGAUCAACUGGCAGAGAGGCGAGAGAUACUUUAUGAGCAACUUGAUCGAUGGUGAUUUCCCUGUCAACAAUGGAAACUGGCAAUGGUGCGCCUCGACUGGUGUUGAGGGUCAGCCUUACUUCCGCAUUUUGAACCCUCUCACGCAAUCCCUGAAGUUUGAUCCCUCUGGCGAUUACAUCCGCCAGUGGGUCCCCGAGUUGAGAAACCUCACCGAUAAGCAGGCGCACGAUCCAUACCACACCAUGUCCGCCAAGGACUUUGGAAAGUUGGCUUACCCAAAGCCAAUUGUGGACCAUGCAGAGGCCAAGAAGAAGUACGUCGACGAGUUUAAGCGCGUCCUCGCCCAGAAGUAG